CUCUCGCUGCUGGUCGGUUAUCAACAAUUAUAUUUGAAUUGUGAUGUCUUAUAUUGAAAUCACGAUUGGUAAAAAAAAAAUGAAUUAUUGAAUUCCAAUUAGACUGCUGGACUGGGAGAUACAUUUUACGUCUACCUAUAUUUUUUCAUUUCUGCCGGGGUGUGUCUUUGUCUUUCCAGUUAUUGGUCUUUGUGAGUGAUAGCUAAAAUGGCUGAGCAGGGAGUUCUCCUGGACCAGGACCAGUUCUGCUGCUCUAUCUGUCUGGAUUUACUGAAGGAGCCGGUCACUAUCAACUGUGGACACAGUUACUGUAGCAAUUGUAUUGAGGACUGCUGGGAUAAGGAUGAUCCAAAGGGCGCCUACAACUGUCCCCAGUGCAGACAGACUUUCUCGCCUAGGCCAGCUCUGAUGAAGAAUAGCUUGCUAGCCAUGGUGGUUGGGAACAUGAGGAAGAUAGGACUCCAGCCUACUCCUCCUGCUAUGUGCUUUGCUGGACCUGGAGAUGUGGAAUGUGAUUUCUGCAAUGGAAGAAAGCAGAAAGCUCUCAAGUCAUGUCUGGUGUGUCUAGCCUCUUACUGUGAGACUCAUCUCCAGCCUCAUUAUAAUAUAGCUCCAUUGAUGAAGCACAAGCUGAUCAAAGCCACCACACAAUUGCAGGACAAUAUCUGCUCUCAUCAUGACAAACUGUUGGAGAUUUUCUGCCGGACCGACCAGCAGUGUAUCUGUUAUCUGUGUACCAUGGAUGAACAUAAAGGCCAUGAUACAGUCUCAAUCACAGCUGAAAAGAUGGAGAAACAGAAGCAGAUCGGGUUGAGUCAGCAGAGGGUCAAGCAGAGAGUCCAGGAGAGGGAGAAGGAGUUGAAGGAAGUGCAAAAGGCUGUGGAGUCUCUCAGUCGCUCUGCACAGGCGGCAGUGGAGGAAAGUGAGAGGAUCUUCACAGAAUUGAUUGACUCCGUUGAGCGAAGGCGCUCUGAGAUGAAGGAGCUGAUCGUAGCCCAGGAGUAUACAGCUGUGAGUCAAGCUGAAGGCCUCAUGGAGCGUUUGGAGCAGGAGAUUGCUGAGCUGAAGAUGAGAGGGGUUGAGCUGGAGAAGCUCGCACACACAGAGGAUCACAUCCAUUUCCUGGAGAGUUAUCAGUCUCUCGCCAGUCCCAGUGUAUUUUCAGAUUUGCCCACCAUCGCUGUCCGUCCUCUUCCGCACUUUGAGGAUGUGAGUGAGGCUGUGUCUAACCUGAGAGAGAAACUAGAGGGCGUCUUGAAGAGGGAAUGGUGCAGAAUUUCCACCAGAGUGAAUCUAGUAGAUGUUCUACACCCUCCCGAACCCAAGACCAGAGCCGACUUCUUACAAUAUUCCUGUCGGCUCACCCUGGACCCACACACAUUAUACAGACAACUCUUUCUGUCUGAGCUAAACAGAAAGGUGAAACUGAAGCGCAAAGGCUACUCCUACCCCAGCCGUCCAGACAGAUUCACUCAGUUGUGUCAGGUGCUGUGCAGGGAAGGUCUGUCUGGGCGCUGUUACUGGGAGGUGGAGUGGAGUGGGUGGAAGAUUUAUGCAGGAGUCUCGUAUAAAGACAUCAGCCGAUCAGGGCCUGCAGACGACUGUCAAUUCGGACACAAUGACAAGUCCUGGAGUUUAGAGUGCUGUAGUAAUGGUUACUUUUUCCGACAUAAUAAUGUCAAGACUGAAGUGGCACGCCCUCAGUCCUCCAGAGUAGGAGUGUAUCUUGAUCACCAGGCGGGCACUCUGUCCUUCUACAGUGUUUCGGACAAAAUGAUCCUCUUGCACAGAGUCCAGACUAAAUUCACUCAGCCCCUCUAUCCUGGGUUUUGGCUUCAUUGUUUUAAGACCACUGCUGAGCUAUGUGAGCUAGAGUAGAGGCCCCUGUCAGAGUGAUGCUUUACCAUCCCCUACUACUCCGAAUUGUUUAUCAGAGAUAAACAUUUCCUUCUAUGAAUCUGAGGAUUGACUUUCACAGAUUGAACUCUCUAGUCUAGAUAGAAUUUGAGGUUAUUUUCCCCCAAAUCUUAGGCAUAAAGUUCAUCUAAUGUAAUGUUCUCGCUUAGGAAUAAAGUGAAUAAUGUUCUUGCUUAGGAAUAAAGUUAAUCUAAUGUUCUCGCUAGCCAGACAAUCCAUAUCUCUGGUGAGAUUUUACUUCUGAAGGCAGCAUGUAGUAGGGCAGGAAGUAUGUUGUUUUCAGAAUGAUCUCUCAACUUGUCCUGGCUGUGUGUUACAUAUUCUAUGUCAGAGAUGUUGGUCAUUUUUAUGUAGGCUAAUGAUUACACAUACUUUUUUUUUCUCCUGCAUAUCGUAUUUAUUUUUGUCCUAGAACUCUCAAAUACAUCAUGUUACAGGUCCCCUGCAGGUCCAUAUUGUAUCAAUUAUCUUUCAAUCAACUGAGCCUAUAUUUACAGUGUUCACUCAAUAUUGACAAUGCUGAACCAAAUGCAAACUGAUAAAUAAACAGCGUAUUUGUUGAA